UCAACCAUAAAGCACUCAACCCAACAGAAAAUUGCAAAUUCCCUUUUUUGUUCACUUGCCUGCAGGAGUCGUUCAGUAUGGCCACACGCUCAAGUUUUUGCUUCCAGAUUAUUAUCAUAUUUUUGUGUGGCACCGUGUGUAGUACUGACAUUUCUUGUAAGAAUGAAGCUGGUGAGCCUGUUGAUUGGUUUGUCAUCUACAAACUGCCCAGGUAUAAGAUUGGCGAGAUUGGCAGUGGGGUGGAUUACAUGUACCUGGACUCCUCAGUGGGGAGCUGGCAGCUGAGUAAAUUCAUGGUUAACACCAGUCAAGGAGCCCUGGGGAACACAUUGAACCAGAUUUACAUGGGAAGAGCCUACAAGUCUAACAGUUCAGUGUAUGCACUCUACAAUGAUGGCCCACCGAUCCUGGAUUAUAUUCAAGGAUACGGACACACUAAAGGGGUGCUGCUCUUUGACCGCUCUCAAGGUUUCUGGCUUUCGCACAGCAUUCCCCAUUUCCCGUCAUUCCCUGAGAGAGGCUACCUCUACCCCUCCUCUGGAAAAGUCAAUGGCCAGACCGCUCUCUGCGUGACCUACCACUAUGACCAGUUCCUCCGUAUCGCAAAGCAGAUGGUGUACCUUUACCCACGCUUCUAUAACUGCUCUGUACCUGCUGCAUUCAUGGCCGACGUGCCGCAGUUGGCCAAGUUAUGCGAGGGGUCCAAACCACCUCUGGCCUCAGAUAAGAGAGUGGAGCAGCUUUUCUCACUGCAAGGGGACAAGUUUGUCAGUUUCGUCAAAUCUGAACACUUUGUGGAUGACAUCUACACAGGCUGGGUGGCUCAGGCUCUGGAUGCCGACCUGCUGGUGGAGUCCUGGCAGAGACAAGGUCACGAGCUUCCCUCCAACUGCUCUUUGCCCAAACACGCCAUGAACAUCAAGAGGAUUCGGCUCCCGGGAUCAGUCCCGUUCCAGUCCCACUGCGACCACUCAAAGUGGUGCGUGUCACGGGCCUACGAGGACCAGGUGACCUGCCUGGGGGACCUAAACAGGGAGAGGGCCCAAAUGUGGCGUGGUGGGGGGCUGGUCUGCACCUUCAACCCCUUAAUUUACAAGGCCUUCAGACAGGUCGUGGACUGGUACAUUGGCUGUUGAACGAGAGAGAAAGAUGAGAUGAUUGGGACUGGAUUUGUCUUGAAUUUGUUUGAGAUCUAUGAGACGAACCGUGGAGGUGAAGCCUGUCAAUGUUAAAGCAACUGGCAUGCAUAGUAUUUAACUGUAUAUGUGCUUUUGAGGAUGAUAGCAACAGGUCUUUGAUAAUCUGCUGACAAAGUUGCAUUGGCUAUAUGAUAUGACAAAAAAAUGUAAUUAAUUAAUAUGCAACAAAAUGGUCUUCCUGUGUCAUCACUGUCUCGCAUUUAUAUAAAAAUAGAAUUCAUUUGCAUCACAA